UUUGAAAAUUUUGCUUCCCCCCGCUAUUCAAGGGUAUAGUCUAAUUAUCAAGAAGGUGGGUGGGUGUAGCCAAAUAACUACAGAUCCAACUUCCAAAUCCACCUGCGGCUGUCUCAUAGCUCCUUCCACGCGACCAAAUAUAUAAAGAGCUCAAACACAACCAAGCAUGACAAAUGUACUAUCAACUUCACUUUAGAAGUAAAAUUUGCUCCUUUCCCUUCUUUUCUUUCCUAUCAUGCAAACCCCAUAAUUGUAUCUCUUACAUCUCCUUUUCUCAAAUCCCAGAUGACAAUCCAGACCUACAAAUAUUUCCUUCACUUCCAUCCGAACUGGUAUCCCCCAGUAACGUAAUAACACAAUCAAAAUUUUCAAGAAAUGGCCACUUCCCGUACAAAACCAAACAUUCUGAGCUACCUGAAACUAACGAUGUGGUAUUAUCAAACAAGAAAAUUACCAGUUAUAUUCGAUGUGGGGAUUUAGAUUCCGCGCUUAGAGUUUUCGAGAGCAUGAAGGUUAAGACAGUAAUCACAUGGAAUUCAAUCUUGGCUGGGUUUUCAAGAAAACCUGGGUAUAUUGAAGAAGCUCGCCAACUGUUUGACAAAAUUCCUGAACCGAAUGUUGUGUCGUAUAAUACUAUGUUAGCUUGCUAUAUGAGAAAUUCUGAUAUCCAGGCUUCUAGGAAUUUUUUUGAUCAAAUGCCGGUUAAAGAUGUUGCUUCCUGGAAUACCAUGAUUUCAGGGUUCUCUCAAAAUGGGCUGAUGGCUGAAGCGGAAGAGUUGUUUCGGGCAAUGCCAGUGAGGAAUGAGGUUACGUGGAAUGCUAUGGUAGCUGGGUAUGUUGAGUCUGGGGAACUGGAAUCAGCCUUGGAGUUGUUUAAAGAAGCUCCUGUGAAAGGUGUGAUUGCUAGGACGGCGAUUGUGACGGGGUAUAUGAGAUCAGGAAAUGUUGAAAUGGCGGAGAAGAUGUUUCGAGAGAUGCAGGAGAGGAGUAUGGUAACUUGGAACACCAUGAUUUCGGGUUACAUUGAGAAUGGGAGAGCAGAGGAUGGUAUGAAGCUGUUCAAGAAAAUGAUGGCAUCGGUUGUAAAGGCGAAUGACUCGACUUUGAGUAGUCUCUUACUAGGUUGUAGUAAUUUAUCUGCAUUGAAAUUGGGGAAGCAAGUUCAUCAGCACGUCAUGAAGUCCCCUCUGUACUUGGAUAUGACGGUGGGGACUUCAUUGAUCAGUAUGUAUAGCAAGUGUGGAGUUUUGGAGGAUGCAUGGAAAUUGUUUCUUGAGAUGCCAAGAAAGGAUGUUGUCACUUGGAAUGCAAUGAUUUCAGGGUAUGCUCAACACGGGGAAAGCAAGAAGGCCCUUCGCUUGUUCGAUGAGAUGAGGAGUAAAGGAAUAAAACCAGAUUGGAUAACCUUUGUUGGAGUUCUAUCAGCCUGUAACCAUGCAGGUUUUGUCAAUCAUGGUAUUCAGUAUUUUGAGCAAAUGCAGAAUAAUUACAGAAUUAAGCCAAAACCAGACCAUUAUACUUGUAUGGUUGACCUCCUUGGACGAGCUGGCAAGCUAAAUGAGGCUGUGGAUUUGAUAACAAAAAUGCAUUUCAAACCCCAUAUAUCAUUAUUUGGAGCACUUUUGGGUGCUUGUAGGAUCCACAGAAACUUAGAAGUGGCAGAAUUUGCUGCCAAAAACUUGCUUCGCCUUGAACCUACCAAUGCAGCAGGAUAUGUUCAACUUGCUAAUGUUUAUGCAGCCAAGAACCAUUGGGAAGGUGUUUCUAUAGUUAGAAAGUCAAUGAAAGAGAACAAAGUUAUAAAAACACCGGGAUAUAGUUGGAUGGAGGUUGGAAGAGUGAUCCAUGAGUUCAGAUCAGGGGAUAGACUUCAUCCAGAUUUGGAAAGCAUACACAUGAAACUAAAAGAUCUUGAGAAGAAAAUGAAGGUGGCGGGUUAUGUGCCUGAUCUUGACUCUUCAUUACAUGAUGUAGCGGAGGAACAGAAAGCGCAGCUACUUCUAUGGCACAGUGAGAAAUUAGCAAUUGCCUUUGGUUUAAUAAAACUGCCACCAGGAAUGCCAAUUAGGAUAUUCAAGAACCUAAGAGUUUGUGGAGACUGCCACCAAGCCACUAAAGUUAUAUCAGCAAUAGAAAAUAGGGAAAUCAUUGUCAGAGAUACAACUAGGUUUCACCAUUUCAAAAAUGGAGUUUGUUCUUGUGGCGAUUACUGGUAAACUAGAGAGAGAACAAUUUUAAUAGCAAAAGUUUCAUUCUUUAUUCGAUAAAAGGAAAAAUGUGUUUUUUCAA